CUCUUCUCUUCCGUCCCCUCCUCCUCACGCGUUCCCCCAAAUCCUCCCCUCGAGAGUUCGCAGAAAUCCCCAAUUCCGAAGAAGCCGCUGCCGCCGCCGCCGCCUUCGCCCACCGAUCGAUUCGAUCUUAUCGCACCGCCGCCGCCGCCGCCGCCGCCAGAAGGGAGGACGACCACCGGGCAGCCAUGUGGGCGGCGUCGUGCCUGGCGUCGUGCUGCGCCGCGUGCGCGUGCGAGGCGUGCCGGACGGCGGUCGGCAGCAUCGGCCGCCGCUCCGCCCGCAUCGCCUACUGCGGCCUCUUCGCGCUCUCCCUCUUCGCCUCCUGGGCGCUCCGCGAGGUCGCGGCGCCCCUCCUCCAGUCCAUCCCAUGGAUUAACCACUUCCACAAGACGCCGGACCGCGAGUGGUUCGAGACCGAUGCCGUGCUUAGGGUUAGCCUCGGCAACUUCGUCUUCUUCACCAUCCUCGCCAUCAUCAUGGCUGGCAUCAAGGACCAGAAGGACCCCCGCGACAAGAUACACCAUGGUGGCUGGAUGGCCAAGAUAUUCUGCUGGGUUGUCAUCGUCUUCCUUAUGUUCUUCGUGCCUAACGGUGUCGUUAGCUUCUAUGAAUCAAUUUCCAAGUUUGGAUCUGGACUGUUCCUCCUUGUUCAGGUUGUUCUUUUGUUGGACUUUGUGCAUGGGUGGAACGAGAACUGGGUUGCCAAGGAUGAACAGUUCUGGUACAUGGCUCUAUUGGUUGUCUCAGUUGUCUGUUACAUCGGUGCAUUCUCUUUUUCGGGUCUGCUCUUUCACUGGUUCACUCCAUCUGGACAUGACUGCGGACUCAAUAUGUUCUUCAUCGUCUUCACAUUGAUUCUUGUUUUCGUUUUUGCUAUUGUUGCGCUGCACCCAAAGAUCAAUGGUAGCUUGCUGCCAGCAUCAGUUAUCGCCCUCUACUGCACCUAUUUGUGCUACAGUGGACUUUCCAGUGAGCCAAGGGAUUAUGAAUGCAAUGGACUGCACAAUCACUCCAAAGCUGUGUCAACUGGUAGCCUUUCAUUGGGAUUGCUAACCACCAUCCUUUCUGUUGUCUACUCGGCUGUCCGUGCUGGCUCUUCCGCAACUGUGCUCUCAGCCCCAGACUCACCACGUGCUGGUGCCGACAAGCCAUUGCUUCCUUUCAGUAAGGCAGAUGAGGAAGCGGAAAAGAAGGAUGUGCCAAGGCCUGUGACAUACUCCUACUCGUUCUUCCACCUCAUCUUCUCCUUGGCAAGCAUGUACUCCGCGAUGCUCUUGACUGGCUGGUCAACCUCAGUUGGUGAGAGCGGAAAGCUUGUUGAUGUUGGGUGGCCAUCGGUUUGGGUCAGGAUUGCAACCCAGUGGGCAACGGCAGGUCUGUACAUCUGGUCCCUUGUCGCUCCACUCCUCUUCCCUGACAGGGAGUUCUAGAUCAACCAACGUUAGUGCUUAAAUGCUGUGAAUGCAUCCUUUUGGAGCAUCUAUCUUGUGUGCUGUUAUAUCUUAGCCGUCUCUUGCGGUGUGGUCUGUAAUAUAUAAUCCGUGAGCAAACCCGUGGCAAGAAGUCCCAGUUCAUGUGAUGGUUAUCGAGUCUGUCCACGUAAUAACGUGAGACCAGGCAUUAUGCCGGUAUUUUAACUGUGAAAUUUGGUUACUUUGUAUGUAUAUAUAUUGGAGUUGGUUUGCCUCA